UGUUCAUCUAGUUUGGCUUGAUGGCGAAACAUUAUGCUAUUAGAUUACUUGGAUGCUAUGGUUCUGUUCAUGACUUUUAUAACCUCUCUAGUUAUCAGUUGAUGAUUAUUCCCUUUUCUGGUUGCACAAGUGUCGUUCUUUCGCAGCAGAGCUUUUUCGUGUUGAGUCAUAAUAUUUCCAUAGGUAAUGCGUAUCUUUCUGGUUCAAGCGAGCAUAUUUUAGACCGAAUAGCUUUUGUUGUGUUCUAUAAUUUAUAAAACAACUCUAGAAAAUGUAGUCCUCAGAUUUAUCACAGUGAUUAUCCAUCUCAAUCAAUCGCUUUGAUAUAGAAAACACUAUUCAUGAUACCCCAAACAACUAUUAAUGGUCCUGCAACAUGUUCGGAGUCUUGUUAUGGCCUGAAGAAGUACUUGAGAGUCAUACUUGUUGGAAAUGACUCUUUAGUGGUCCAGUUCUCAAACAUGUUCAUAAUUUCUUUCUAACAAGUUGCCAUUAUUUAUUUAUUUAUAUUCUCUAUCCAUAUAAUAAAAUAAAGUUUACAACUUGCUCUUAUGAAAGGCAUGUUUGUGUAAGUUAUUCUAUAUUCAGCUUGUUGAUGAGACACUAAAGAAACUCAUCCACUCCACUUUUGGAAAAUGUGUCGAAAGAAUUUGUUCUCAUUGGUCUUCUGGGUUGUCUCGGUGAGCUUAAUUGUUGUUGUCUCUGCACAGUUAUGCUCGGAGAAGUUUGGAACUUUUACACCAGGUGGUACAUUUGACAGGAACCGCCGACUCAUUCUCUCAUCUCUUCCAUCUGAAGUCACAGCUCAAGAUGGCUUCUACAACGCUUCGAUUGGAACAGAUCCUGACCAACUCUACGCGAUGGGGAUGUGCAUCCCAGGCGCUAAACAAAAGCUUUGUAGGGAUUGUAUGAAGGACGUCACAAGAAUGUUAAUACAGACAUGUCCCAACCAGAUAGCAGCAAUUCACUGGUCAGGUGGAGGGAAAACUGUAUUUAUGGCACGCUACUAUAACCGGCCGUCUUCUAGACCAUUGGAUUUGGAUUCAGUUGCUAUUGGUUAUAACGAUGGAAAUCUCAGAACAAAUUUAACAGAUUUUGAUAGAUUGUGGGAGCGGUUAGUAGUUCAUAUGGUGACUAAAGCUUCGUCAUCAUCAAUAAAAUAUUUAUCAUUCGAUAACAGUAGAUUCUAUGCAGCUGAUGAAGCAAACUUGACAAGUUUUCAAAUGAUCUACGCCUUAAUGCAAUGCACGCCAGACGUCUCUCCUUCCAACUGUAACACCUGUUUAAAACGAAGUGUUGGUGACUAUGUGGGUUGCUGUCAUGGGAAGCAAGGCGGCUAUGUGUAUCGGCCUAAUUGCAUUUUCCGGUGGGAUCUAUACCCUUUCAAUGGCGCCUUUGAUCUUCUUACGCUAGCGCCUCCACCCUCAUCUCAGCUGGAAUCUCCACCUCCCCAGACCAAAAAAGAUGAAGAAACGAUUCAUCCAGGAAUUACCAUUGGAAUUGUCGUUGCAACGGUCAUAAUCAUGGCUCUGCUUGCUCUAGGGGUUGCUGUUUGCAGGAGUAGAAAAAAAUAUCAAGCUUUUGCCUCAGAAACUGCCGAUGAUAUUACAACUGUCGGAUAUCUUCAGUUUGAUAUUAAAGACAUUGAAGCUGCAACUAGUAACUUUUUGGCGAGUAACAAGAUUGGUCAAGGUGGUUUCGGCGAAGUUUACAAGGGUACCUUCUCAAAUGGAACUGAAGUUGCAGUAAAGAGGCUGUCAAGAACUUCAGAUCAAGGUGAACUGGAGUUCAAGAACGAGGUGCUUCUGGUAGCAAAGCUUCAGCACCGGAAUCUCGUUAGGCUUCUCGGUUUUGCUCUGCAAGGAGAAGAAAAGAUACUCGUCUUUGAGUUUGUUCCCAACAAGAGCCUCGAUUAUUUCCUCUUCGACCCAACAAAGAAGGGUCAGCUGGACUGGACAAGACGGUACAACAUCAUCGGAGGGAUUACACGAGGGAUUCUCUAUCUUCAUCAAGACUCGAGGCUCACCAUCAUACACCGUGACAUCAAAGCGAGUAACAUUCUUUUAGAUGCCAAUAUGAACCCAAAAAUAGCAGAUUUCGGAAUGGCAAGGAAUUUCAGAGAUCAUCAAACUGAAGACAGUACAGGAAGAGUUGUUGGAACCUUCGGUUACAUGCCUCCAGAAUAUGUGACACAUGGCCAAUUCUCUACCAAAUUCGAUGUCUAUAGCUUCGGAGUAUUGAUUCUGGAGAUUGUUAGUGGCAGGAAGAAUAGCAGCUUCUAUCAGAUGGAUGGUUCUGUUUGCAACUUAGUCACAUAUGUUUGGAGACUUUGGAACACUGAUACAUCCUUGGAGCUCAUAGAUCCGGCGAUUAGGGAAAGUUAUGAGAAAGAUGAAGUUACUAGAUGCAUCCAUAUCGGACUUUUAUGCGUUCAAGAAAAUCCUGCAAAUCGCCCAGCUAUGUCUACAGUAUUCCAGAUGCUCACCAAUAGCUCCAUUACUCUAAAUGUCCCUCAACCACCUGGAUUUUUCUUCAGGAACAGACCCGAAUCGGACACAUUAAGCCUCAGAGUGGAGCAGGACCAAUAUAACACCAAAUCUGUUACUUGUUCUAUCGACGAUGCAACGAUCACUACACUCACUCCUCGGUAAAAUUCUCUUGCUUCUGCACUCUGUUGUAUAUUACCUCAACUCUAUUUUCAAAAGUCAAUGUUAUAAAAAUAUUGAGGAUUGAAUUAUUUUUGAAUGUGAUUAUGUGUAAUAAUAACUUUUUAUCAUUUUGAUUCUGAUAUAUGUAUUCACUUUCAUUUUUUGCUAA